AUGGAAUUGCCUCCUAGAUUGACUGUCCAAAGAGAACAGAAAGUUUGUCGACUUCUAAAGAGUCUCUAUGGCUUAAAGCAGGCUUCUAGGCAAUGGUUUGCCAAGCUAUCCAAUGCUCUUAUUUCUUAUGGAUUUGUUCAGGGUAAUUCUGACUGUUCUUUGUUCAUUAAGAAAUCUGAGAGUUCUUUUAUGGCCCUAUUAGUCUAUGUGGAUGAUGUGCUAUUGGCAAGUGAUAGCAUUCUGGAAAUAGAAAGGUUGAAGACCUUUUUAGAUGAAAAAUUCACUAUUAAAGACUUAGGACGACUGAAAUACUUUCUUGGCUUGGAAGUUGCAAGGUCCAAAAAUGGUAUCUCAUUAUGCCAAAGAAAGUAUAUACUUGACAUACUUGAAGACACUGGUUUAACUGGAUCAAAACCUGCUGCCUUUCCUAUGGAAUCUACCCUUAAGUUAUCAGCAAAUGAUACCAACUUAUAUGAAGAUCCAUCAGGUUAUCGAAGACUUUUUGGCAUAUUACUUUACUUAACUCUCACUAGGCCUGACUUAGCCUAUUCUGUCCAAGUGCUCAGCCAGUUUUUAGCAAAACCUACUGUAAGCCACCAUCAAGCAGCCAUUCAAGUAUUGAGGUAUCUAAAGGCUAUACCAGGGCAAGGUCUUUUCUUUCCAUCCUCAUCAGAUCUACAACUAAAGGGUUUUUCAGAUAGUGAUUGGGCAGGUUGUGUAGAUACUAGAAGAAGUAUCACUGGUUUUGCAAUUUUUCUUGGCAACUCAUUGGUUUCAUGGAAAUCAAAGAAACAAGUUACAAUCAGUCGAUCAUCUGUAGAGGCAGAGUACCGAGCCCUUGCAACUACAACAUGUGAAAUUCAAUGGCUUUUGUAUGCCUUACAAGACUUGGAUAUCAAUCAUUCACAGUCAGCCUUGCUAUAUACUGACAGUAAAUCAACAAUUUCCAUAGCCACAAAUCCAGUUCAGCAUGAGAGAACAAAGCAUAUCCAGAUUGAUUGUCAUCUUAUUAGAGAAAAAUUGCAGCAGCAUGUUCUUAAACUCUUCCAUAUUCCAUCAAGAUUACAGCUAGCAGACAUAUUUACAAAGCCCCUCGGAUCUUUACUUUUUCAUCAUAAUCUUUGCAAGAUGAACAUUAUUAACAUCCAUGUUCAUCUUGAGGGGGGGUAUUGGAGUCUUCCAUCUCAUAUUGAAAGCAUGGAAUUAAAAAGGAAAGAAGAAAGGCUUAAAAUAGAAAGAAAGUUAGAAGAUGAGAGUUAG